CAAAAUGAACGACGAAAGCACAAUAGAACGUGAAAGGCAAUGUAGUUAAAGGUGGCCGAGGGAUACAAAAAUUCCGUCUGAUCUGUUGGAGGAGCCGGCGUCAACCUUUCAUGUGAUCUGUCAUUGACCUUUACUCUUCAAGUUCAAUGCUUUCAAGCCAUCUUUUGUCAGUCACAGUUUGUGCAUAAAUGCUGUGAAGCAAACAGCCUCUGUAUUUGAUACAAGCAUGGCACCUAGCAGAGUUAAGGUAUUUCUAUUUGGCGCCAUUGCUUGUUUGUAUGCGAGCUUUUGUUUAUCAGAAAACCCACAAAAGGAAGAAACGGUUUUUUCAGUUGGGCAUUCCUCUGACAAAAACCCAUUUUCAAGGGCAUCAUUUCUUUCCCGGGUUUCCAACCUAAUGUGGACUAAUACUGAAAAAACUUAUGAGGAUCCUGUGAUUCAAAUGUUCGGUGAAGGGGAUGAAAAUGAGAAGAUUGAUUUGUUACUGCCUGGCCAGGAACUGAAUGGAGAACAGGCCUCUUCUUUUUGGGCAGCAAAACCUCCUUUAGAACAAUACACUCCCACCCAAUCCCCAUCUUCAACAUCUCCCUCUUUAGCACCUCCUAGUCCAGUACCCAAUUUACCUCCACUUGUUGCCCCAACACCCUCUUCCUCUGCACAGUCCCCAUCUCCAUUGCCACCUUCUGCAUCCAUUGCACCUACAGUCCCUUUGUCCCCUUCAAUCUCUCCAUCAUCAACCCACGCUCCUUCACCAACCUCCUUUCCCCCGUCCACAGCACCUUCAUCUACUCCUUAUCCAUUCCCACCAUCACCAAUCACCCCUUCCCCUUAUCUGCCACCCCCUAUCUUUCCUCCAUCUGUUUCACCAACCAUCAAUCCUCCCUCUAUAUUGCCACCUAUCUUGCCACCCCCUAUCUUCCCUCCCUCUGUUUCACCACCCAUCAAUCCUCCCUCUGUUUUGCCACCUAUCUUUCCACCGUUUCCCUCUAUGUCACCUCCCACUUUUCCACCCUCUGCAUCUCCUUCACCCCAUGUGUCACCUCCAAUCCUUCCGCCCUUUUCAUCACCUUCCCCUUCUCUGCCCCCUCCCAUCUUUCCACCCCUUCCACCCCAACCUCCUUCUCAAUCACCCUCUCCCUCAUCUUCACCCACUCCUUCCCCAGUCCCAACCUCACUGUCUCCUUCUCCUACUCCAUCUGUCACUCCACCACAACCCUCGCCUUUGCCGACUCCCACACCUUCUCCUUUUCCAACGCCUUCAAGCCCCAUACCUUCUCCAUCUCCUUCUCCAACACCUUCAAGCCCCACAGCAAGUCCUCCGACCCCAAUCCCUUCACCAGUUCCUACUCCAUCGAAAAUAUCAAUACUCACAAAUUUGAUAGUUUUAAAUGGAGCAUCGCUAGUCCCUGACUUCAAUCCCUUUGUAUUCAGCUACAAAGUAUCAUUUGACCCCAAUGUCAGAAGAUUUCUUGUCGUUGCGUACCUUCCUGAAGAUGACGAGGAUUACAAGAAUCUGUUGUUGCACAUAGAGUCUGUACCAUUGAAAUCCGGAGAAAAGAGCCCACCAUUGAAACUUGGCAAAAGAGGAGAAACUGUAACAUUCCACAUAUAUGUGAGAGCAGUCAAUCAUGCCCCUACCACAUACGUGCUGUCUGUCACCAGAGAAGCUGGCUAUGAAGGGCUAGGAACUGUUGCAAUUAUAUUUGUGGUCUUGGCAUGCAUAGUGGGAGCUCUGAUUCUCAUGGUACUUGGUUAUGCUGCAUAUUUCUAUGCACGUACUGGAAGAAUGCCGCAACUAAGAGAUUUCCCAUUUUUUAGAGGAAGACAUAGCAGUCUUUAUACUCCUCUUAUAGCAUCAGGAGUUACUAAUGAUGAUGAUAGACUCUGAAUUGAUAUAGAAGGGGAAGCCUUUCACCCUGACAAGAGCCAAUUAGAAGGAAGAUAAACUUUAAUAAACCUUAAAAGAUUGGAAACCAAAGUUUUCAUCUUAAAAUCCCUUACAUAACAUCAAAUAGUGUUGCUGAUCAUCUAUCUUUUACAGUCAAUUUUCAAAAGAGAUUUGACAUAACUGUCAUUGUAUAGCUGCCAAGUAUAGCUAUUUUGUUGGGAUGUAUAUCAUGGGAGCAUCUUGCCCACAAUAUUUUGCAGUGGAUGUCAACAUUAAGAGACAUUGCUAAUACAGAUCAACUUUCCAGCAUUCAUAACA